AUGAGUGCCUCUAUAGAUAUUCCUGUGUCGGAAGCACCUCCAAGUUAUAACCAUAUAUUUGGAAACGCUCAAUAUACGUAUGCUGAUGGGUCGCCGAUUCAUUAUUUUGAAAGAUCCCUGGACGAGGAUGCCGAAAGUGAAAUGAGCUUGGAGAGUGGUAGUCCGUACGCGGUAGGACCGGGAGUUCAACGUUACACGACGGCUCUCUCUAGCUCUAUUCCGUUUCAAUUACCAUAUAAUGAUGAAAAUCAUGAAAAUACAAAUAUUACAAAUAUGAAAGAUACGUCAAGACGUGGUAGCUCUACAACUGCUACUCGACAGGCGUCUGUCUGUUCUACUUGGUUAGAAUCCAUGGGUCAUAGUUUCCCGGAUAACAUUACACGUAUAGAGUCUAAUGAGAUUGUUUCUCCGAUUGUUGCCUCGGUAGAGUCUCGAUUCCAAAUUCCAUUGACAAAGUUGCAUGAUAGUCAUAAGAAACAGCUGGCAACUAAAGCAAGACGGUCGUAUUCGAUGUCUGCUUCAUCAUCAAGUAGUCACCAUUAUCCACAUCAUAGUAAUACUACUAAUAAUAAUGGGAUGUUUAAGAAUCUAUUGUUUCAUAGAAGAGAUAGUCAUGCAACUAUCGUCGAGGGUAAAGAGUUUAAUGGUAAAGAGGAUGCUUCACAAAAUGGUAAAUUGUUGUUUGAUGAAAAAUAUGAGUAUACUGGGAACGUUCUUGGGGAAGGUUCUGGUGGAUCUGUGAAAGUUGUCAAAAGGAAAAAAGAUAAUGUGAUGUUUGCUGUGAAAGCAUUCCAUCCAUACGAAGAAACUUUGAGUAAAGAUCGGGAUGAAGAAAAUUAUACCGUUCAAUCAUAUUUAAAGAAAAUUAAAGCUGAAUAUUGUAUUAGUUCAAUCCUUCAACAUUGUAAUAUCAUAUCAACUGUAGAGAUUAUAGAACAAGAUGAACAUACUCUUUUACAAGUGAUGGAAUAUGUGGAAUACGAUCUGUUCGCUAUUGUGAUGAGUGAACAAUUACAUUACUCCGAGGCCUGUUGUUAUUUUUGGCAAUUAUUACAAGGUGUUCUCUAUUUACAUGAUAUUGGCCUUGCUCAUCGAGAUUUAAAACUUGAUAAUUUGGUGGUGAACAAUAAGGGAAAAUUAAAGAUUAUUGAUUUUGGUGCCGCAGUAGUUUAUAAAUCACCCUAUACAGAUAAUGGAAAUAAUAAUGGGAACAACAGUAAUAACAACGAUUCAAGUGGUUCCACAGCAAUUACAAUGGCUAAAGGGAUUGUGGGGAGCGAUCCAUAUUUAUCACCUGAGCUAUACAUCUUUGAAACAUAUGAUCCAAGAGCAACAGAUAUAUGGGCCAUUGGAAUUAUAUUCGUUUGCAUGAUCCUAAGAAGCUUUCCAUGGAAAUAUCCGCGAUUAAAGGAUUCUGGAUUCCGUAGAUUCUGCCUAUGUCGUCGAGGUGCCAAUACUUUAAAUGAAUUGGUGACAAGAGAUAACAGCAUCCCUGAGGAUGAUAUGAUAAUACAAUAUGAUGAUGCAGAUGAGGAUAAUGAUGAAGGUAAUCAUAUUGCAGGACCGAUGCGUCUACUAGCACCACUACCUGAAGAAACACAUCAUAUCUUGUUACAAAUCCUGGAUCCUUCACCAAUCCGUCGUCCAUCGAUAGAUAUGAUCCUAUUGGACAAUUGGGUCUGUUCUAUAGAUUACUGUCAAGAUAAGUUACAUCCUAGUAAAGACCAUGAACAUACAAGACUUGAUCCAACUAAAGCUCAUAUUGCAAACCUCCGUCCAAGUUCCGAUUAA